GGAAGGGGCAGAGCCGGCUUCUUCCCCACCGCAAGGCCACCUAGCCCGCAGGGUAGACUUGCAAAAGCGCCCUUGCCAAGGAGAGAGGGGAGAGGAGAGGCGGCCGCUGCCUCCGGCCCCGCGCCGAGCAAGGAAGCGAGCCGCCCUUCAGCCCCGCUGGGGCCCUUCUCCGCCCUGACAUGACCUCCAGGCCCUGGCGGGAGGCUGCCACGCUGCUCCUGGCGGCGGGCAGCGGCGGCGGGCGGCCUCCGCGUCCCUCCGCCUUCGACUACCAGGUGCUGCUGCUGCAGCGGAGCGCCCGGAGCGCCUUCCUGCCCUGCGCCCAAGUCUUCCCGGGCGGCGUGGCGGAGGCCGCCGACUUCUCGCCCGCCUGGCGGGAGCUGCUGCCCGAGGGGCCGCGCUGCGGGCUGGGCGCCGAGCCGCCCGCCCGGCCUCCGCUCUUCACCGCCCGCCGCCGGCCCGAACUGGGCGAAGAUGCCUUGCCGGCCGACGUGGCCUUCCGCAUCUGCGCCAUCCGGGAGACCUUCGAGGAGAGCGGGCUGCUCCUGGCGGUGCCGGCCGGGAGGGACGGGGGCCCGGCGGCUCCCGCUCUGCUGCCCACCGAGCUGCUGCAGCGGCUUCUGCCGGCCGGCCAGCUGGAGGAGUGGCGGCGGCGGGUGCAAGGCGACCCGGGCAGCUUCCUGCAGCUCUGCCGCCGCCUGGGCUGCGCGCCCCACUUGCGGGCGCUGCACGAGUGGGGCAACUGGCUGACCCCCGUGGGGCGAAGCGGGCCGGCCGGCCGCCGUUACGACACCGCCUUCUACCUGUGUUGCUGCUUCGGGCAGGAGCCGCCCGCCGCCUCGCACGACCGGCAGGAGGUGGCCGAUUGCAGGUGGUCAACCCCUUUAGAAGCUGUUGAACUUUUUAACUCAGGAGAAAUCUGGAUAGCACCACCGCAGCUUUAUGAGUUAUGUAGGCUCUGCCAUUUUUCAUCCCUUCAUGAUCUGGAGAGGUUUAGCUCAGAACGAGCUUUAGAAGGUUGUGAACGCUGGAUGUCAGUUACGUUGAUGGCUUCAGAUGGCCACAUGCAAUUGUUGCCAGGUGACGAUUUAUAUCCCAAAGAUCCUGAUUUUACUGGCAAAAGGAAAUCUGUGUUGACCACAAAUAAAAACAUUGAAGAACUAAUGAAAGAAGCAAGAAACCAUCACCGGAUAGUAAUACGAAGCCGUAAUAAUACAACUAUCCACAUGAAUAUUGAAUCUAAAUAUAAACAUAUAAAUCCAGUUAGACUGGACUCUAAAAUGUGAAAUAACGUGGAUUGCACCAGUCAGUUGUAUUUCUCAUACUGGAAUUACUAAAUUUUGAGAGAUGUUGGAAUAACAAUGAAUUACCAUAAUAGCACUGUGCCAUUUUUGUGGACAUACCUCAAUAUUAAUGUAAAUUAUUUAGAUUUCAAGUUGUGUUGAUCAGUGUAAUUAUUCUUGUUAUGCAAAUGUGCCAAUUCUGGAAUAGAGACCUAUCUUCUAAGAACCCGAAUUUAAUUUACUUGUUUGUUUACUUGUAUGUUAUAGCUAUACUGAUAUAUCCUUAAAAAAAAUUUAAGGUGGUUUGCAACUUCAUUAUCAUUCAGUACUGUAAACAAAAGACUAUCACAUUAUAUUUUAAUACAUUUGAAUUAUUAUUACAGUUAUUAUAAGUGAUAAGUAGGCAUCCAGAGUACAUGGAUUUGGGUCAUGGCAGCGAUUGCUUGCCUUGAUGCUGAUUUCAGAAUAGUGGGUAUG